AUGAUCACUCGUCUCUCGGGCCUCCGGCGCCCGCUCGCUCGCCCGCUGCGCGUGCCGCUCGUCUUCGCCCCGCGCCUGGUCGCCACCGCCGCAGCGCCGCCGCCGUCGCCGCCGCCGCCCGCCGCCAACGAGCGGGCCGAGGCGGACGCCGAGCAGGCCUUUGAGCAGGCGCUGGCGCAGAUGGACGCGGGGCGGGUGGGUGACGCGAUCGACGGGUUCGCCAGCGCGGCGCGCGCCGGAUCCGCCGGCGCCAACUUCUUCCUCGGCCUCGCGUACGACGGGCUGCUCGGUGAGAAUGCGCUCGGCGAGCCGCAUGUCGAGGUCGACCCGUCGGCGGCAGCGCGGUGCUACCAGCGCGCGGCCGAGGCGGGGCACGCCGAGGCGAUGCUCAACCUGUCGCUCUGCUUCCGCAACGGCGAGGGCGUCGACCGCUCCGCGCGCGCCGCCUUCCAGUGGACCGAGCGAGGCGCGGCGGCCGGGUGCGAGCGGUCGAUGUUCAACGCCGGCGUCGCACUCGACCCGCUGCACCCUCCGUGGGGCUCGCCCGGCGCGGCGGAGGCCGAGCUGCAGCCCAUUUCCAAAGACGGCAAACGCGCCGCCGGCUACUACCGCGACGCCGUCGACGCCGGCCACGCCAAGGCGAUGGUCAACCUCGGCAUUCUCCUGUACACGGGCACGGGCGUCGAGAAGGACGCGGCGGCGGCGGCCGAGCUGUGGCGCGCCGCGCUGGAGGAGGGAGUGCAGCAGGCCGACUUUUGCCUCAAGAACAUGGAGGAGCGGCCCGGCGAGCUCACCAACAUGUUUGAGAAUCAUCAGCAGAGCUAG